AUGUUGUCGAUGGUGAAGGUGUUGGAGUUGGUGGUGGUGCAAUCGGUGACGAGCCCCAUGUUUGAAUGUUCUCCAAAGGAUUUCGUAAAGAAGACGUUUCAGUGCCGCCACCACUGUUUGGAAAUGAACCUUAACAAAAGUAAGAAGCUUUUUGCGCCUUGUGAGAAAUCACUUGCUUUAUUGGCAAAAACAUUCAAGGAAAUUGCAACAUGUCAUGGUUCUAAGAUUACUUCACGUAUGGCUUCGUUUAAGUCUCGGUUAGAGUUUAGUGGUCCGUUACAGGAAGUAAAAUCAAAACGCGGAAGGAAAAAAGCUUCGUCCCUAAGGUGA